AUUUGUCUUUCAUCAAAUGGUAUUAUCGAUUUUAGUAAAAAGGCAACAAAGGGCCUUAAGAGACUGGAAGGUAUUGAAAGCGCUUUAUCAAAAAAGAUGGAAUCAUACAACAAUUACAAACGAUGAUCCCAUUCAUAAAGUUGAUUUGAGGGUUGGAAAGAUUAUUGACAUCAAGCCUCAUUCAGGGGCAGAUCAUCUUUAUAUUGAACAAGGUAUUAUUCAUAGAUAGAUAUACACGUAACUAUCAUUCACGAUAUUCCCUUUUUAUUGUAAUAUCAAGUGGAUUUAAAGGUCGAGUCAAGUGAUCCUCGUACUAUUGUAAGUGGACUUGCCCCUUAUUUGUCAAUGGAUUCACUUUUGAAUCAAUAUGUUAUUGUAGUGAGUAAUAUGAAGCCAAGUAAAUUUAGAGGCGUUUUAUCACAAGGCAUGUUAUUAGCUGCUUCAUUAACCAAUGACGAUCAAACAUUAGUAAGAUUAUUAUCACCAUCAUCAUCUUCUUCUUCUAAAGAUCAUUUAGUGGGUGAAAGGAUUCAGCUAGAAGGAAUCCAAUGGGAGGAGGAGAAUAAGCCGGAUAUUGUACUAAAGCCCAAACAAAAAAUAUUCGAGCAAGUGGCUCUCUACUUGAAGACAAAUAAAGAUGGUAUUGCAACUUACAAAGACAUACCAUUAAUGACUUCUGCAGGUCCUAUUAUUUGUGAACUGAAAAACGCAACUAUUUCAUAAUAAAUAGAAUACACAUAUUAUUA